AUAUGCGUAAAAAAUUUAGAUCUUACGCACGCGCACUUUGGUAGUAAGCCCCAACAUGAGUACCUCAGACGAAUCGAGAGAAAAGAAGAACAACGAAGCAAAAUCGGAAAAAGAAGAUGUGGUGCCAGCAAAGGUACAUUCAGCAAAUAGCUGGGAGACUGCUGAUCUUGGAGAUGAAGACAGAAAUAAGAAAUUUUUACGUUUGAUGGGUGCUGCCAAGUCGGAACACCAGGGAAGGUUUAUCAUAGGUGAGAAAGACAUGCCUGCUCACAAACACUCCAGAGAUAAGAAACAGACAGAAGAAAUAGAACAAGAGUUGGAAGAUCAGUAUAAACACACAUUUGAACAUAGAAUUACAAAGUGGUCACAUAAAGGUUUAGGAUUUGAUGAUGAAAAGAAAGAAGUGACAACAGAAUCCAGCCAAUCAGGAGAUAGCAAACAAGACUCUGAGAACAGUUCUGUGUCUGAUUCAAAAUCUGAGGACCAAUCAGGGAAGAAGAGAGAAAGUUCUGAGCCAGCAAAAAAUCCUGAAGUUCCUCCAAAGAAACCAAAAAUGAUGAUGAAUUUUGUGAAAGCCAGUGAUUGAAAUUUGUACAAAGUCUAAGACUUUUAAAAGAACAUAUAAAAACAGAACUGCAGAGUUGGUUAAGUCUGAGCAUGAUCACAUUUAUGCAAAAAUAUUUUGAAUGAAGAAUCUAAAGUGCGAUACCUUAAUAUUUUCUAACUGGACAUUAUGUCAAUAUGAUACCCCUACUAAAUAAGGAUAUUUUUUUGGGAAUUGUUUUCUUGAAUAUCUCUGAAACCUGUUCAGAUAUCAUUUUGAAACUUAAGAAACUUUCAGGAUCAUAACAUGUGUUCAUAUACCAGGUCCCAUAACUCUGACUUUUCAUUUUUUAGAAUGAUUACCCAUUAUGCACUUGGAAAAUGCCCCAAAAUGACUUUUCCUUCAAUAUUUCUGAAACCUAUGCAUGCAUUGGAUUUGAACUUCAUGCAUGUGAGUUCCAUAUCUACCUUUUAUGGUGACAAAAUUAUUCCUCUUCUGGACUCUGAAAAUGUGGCAAAACAGUUUCUUUUAUUGAAUAUCUCUGAAACCAAUGAAGUGAUUACACUGGAACUUCACAUAAACCUUCAGGCUGGUACCGCUUACAUACAGUUCACAUGACAAGUCCCAUAAAUCUGACUGCUAUUUUUACUUUCGUUUUUAACAACAUUAUCUCCCUUUACUGAAGGAAUUUGAAUAUAAUUUGAAAGAUUGAUAGAUUAUAUUGAGAGGAAGUGUAGAGCAUAAAAAACACAAUUCUUUUUUAAACAAUUUAAAAAUUAUCUUUACCCUUUACAUUCUGAUGUCUUCAGCUUCACUGAACUUACUGUAAUCUUGUGAGGACAGUGAAAUCCACAAGAACCAUAAUUCGUAUUGUCUGUUUUCACCACUGUAUCCCUUUCGUUAUAAUUUUUUCACAGUUUAAUCAUUUUAUGGCAGUUCUGCAUAUUUAAAAAGCCUUGAGUUGUUAUGGCCAAUUAUCUGUAAAAUGUAGUAUGCAGUCUGGAUCAGGCAUACAGAUAUGUAAAUAGAUCUAUAAAUAAAUAGCAGCAAUUGUAUUACUUGAUAAAGGGGCAACAUUUUUAUCUUGCAUAAGAUUGAUUAUUAUAUAAGCUUGUAUAAAAGCCUAAAUUGAGUCAUAAAAUCAGCUUGAAAUUAGCAGGUCUCUGAAUUGAAGGCAAUAUCUCAAAAAGAAAGACAGAAUGUCACUUUACAACCUAGAGAAGUUUCAUUAAAAUCUAUACUUACAUGAAAAUAUCAUCAAAACUGUGAUUUUUCCAUAGACACCCAUUAAGAAGAUUUGAUUGGGAUCCAUCUGAAAAAAAAAUUAAACACAUGAGUCACAUGACCUUAUUUUUGCAUUGGCCAGAAGAUAGUUUAUGAUCUUUAUCUUUGUUUUGGAAAAAUCAUUGUUUAAAUCAAAUUCUCCAUUGUAGAAAAUUUUUGAUUUGAACAUGCAAAACUACUUUAGGACAGUACCUCAGUCCACUGAUAAGAAUUUAGAGUAAAUUGAUAUAUAGCUAGACUGCAAAGAGAGUUAGUGAAAGUAUGAGAAGCAUAACUCUGCUUUGUUUGAUUUAAAAAAAAAUAACCUUUUCCUUAAUUUUUUACCUUUUUAUUGAAGAGAAUUGAAUGAAAACUGUUUAUACAUGUAACACAGUGAUAAAUGUUAAAAAGAGCAAGUCUUAAUAAGAAUUAACUCCCUUGAAGGGUUUGUCCCAACAAGCCAGACUUGUGAGUCACGCUGGAUCAUUGUCUGGAUAUAGCCAAAAUGUAGGAAGGGUGGAGAUAAGAUGAGACUGGAUUUUAAGUAAAGACUUAUGGCUGGUGUGCAAGUUCUUCCGCAAUACAUAUGUGCUGUUAGUGUUAUUUCUAGAGCUCAAAAAGGGCAGGGUGCUGCCAAAAAAGGGCAGGGUGCUGUUUUUAACAGGAAAGUUACCGUAGUUGCGUUUCUAGAUGUUUAUAGUUAUGUAUUCAUUACAUUUAUGAUUACUGUACACUUAUCAAAGAAUAAAGUGGUAAAAGGUAUCUUCCCAAGACCAGUAACAGUGUUUACAUAGGGCUUUUACAUUACUUUAUAUUUCUGGUCAAAACAUUCAAGUUUUUUUCCUAAAAAAUGUCACAUAGGAUGUCAGCUUAUUAUAUUAUUAAUAUAUUAUAUGCCAUUUAAGUUUGAAACCAAGAUUAUGUUACAACAUAUCAAAAAGGUCUGUUUCAUCUAGGUAACAUUAUAAACAAAUACUAAUCAAAAUUCAUGUUAUAUUGAUUAGGUCUAUUGUUAAUAUUUCAUUAACAGAAAAUUGCUAAAGAAGUCUGUAAAAAAACAUAUCCAAAAUUUACUAUCCGGAUACUGGUACACUUUAUGAAUAUCGUCUGAAAAGUGGUUUUUACUCAGUUUAUUUGAUCCAUUAGGGUAAACCAGAGAUAGUUCCUCAGAUUUUGAUGUUACUUAUCAUAAAAAAAUACGCUUAUAGUGAGCUUUUUUGAAGAAUUAUGGAAAAAUUGCAUAGGACAUCGGGUGUAAUUAGAAUCGUGAACGGACAUUCUAAACUUAUUUUUGCUUUCGUAAUUCAUUAAAAUUUGUGCAUUUUCCAGUUGAAAUUAUGGUAGGAUCAAACUACAUUGUUGUAUUCUUAUUAUAUACUAAACAGUUGUCGAAUUUGUUGCAUGAAGAAAUCUUACAGGGUACUUUUCACGUGCUCGGUAAUCAGCUGGCCGCUUACGGGCAAUACAUUAAUUGGCGCCAUUUUGACAGUACACGGGAUCAAAACUCUUUAUCAAUUAGUUUUAACACUUCACUGAUUCUUGUUGCCUGUGUGCACUCGCCGUGACGUAAUUUGCUGAUUAAAAAAUCGGCCAGGCAUGUCAACAGGAUAAAUGGCGGAAUUUAGCAGAUCAAAGGUAGGAGGGCACAUUUUAAGGGCAGCGUGGCGGCAGUUAGAAAGGGCAGGGCGGGGCUCCCCGCUGCGUCGCUCUAGAAAUAACACUAGCUGUAGACAAUGGCAUUCUGCUGACUUUGUGUCACCAAGUUUUGUUGUAUCUUUUACACAAGCUUUUACUUUCAGUUUCAUGCUAUACAAUCUUGACAUAUUUUAUUUAUCUUGUGAACAACAAUAAUUGAAAUAUAUAUUCAACGGUAAUGAUGAGGACUAUAUUUAAGAAUGUGUUCAUAUUGAUGUAGAGAUGAUAAAGGGUUUCAUUUCAGAAAUGGUGUUGGGGCCUCUGUUGCCGAGUGCUUAAGGUGGCUGACGUCCAGGCACUGACACUGCACUGCUGUGGGUUUGGAACCUUGUUUGGGGUGUGGAAUUGUUUCGUGUGAGGAAGUCAUCUAGAUGACUUGUGGAAGGUUGGUGGUUCUGCCAAGGUGCCUAUGUGUGCCUGAAAUAAUGCACAUAGGGGCACCUGGGGUCUUCCUCUACCAUUCAAAGCUGGAUUGUCAACAUAGACUUAUAUAUGACCUUUAAUUGUGAUGUUAAACCCAACAAAAACAAAAACAAAAUAGGAGAAACAGUUUUUUUGUUUUUUUAUUGUAAAAAAAAUGUAUAAAAUCAGAAUUGUUUUUCUUGUUUAUCUUGACAAGUGUAUUGAUUUACUUAAUAUAAUCUACUUGCAAGGUUAAUAUGAUGCAAUAUAUGAUUUUGGUGCAGUUAUGAAAUUUAUCUGUGGCAUUAUCUUGGGGUAAAAUGUAGCCAUAUAUUUUUAGAAAUGUCCACUAAAGAACAUUUUUGGUAAGGCGUAAAAAAAAAAAUUGUUUGUUUCCGGUAUCCCGACCUUCCCCUUAAUUUUUGGCCCGACCCUAAAUGUUUUUAUGGCCUUGGAGAACAUUUUUUUCAACUUUUUAACAAAAAGAUGCAAAACUGCACUUUUUAUGCUUUAAACAUGGCCAGUGAUGUUAGAAAUCAACUUACUGAUGCUCUAAAGGCAUAACCCCCUUAUUUGUAAUCAUUUUUUGACAAAAAAAUAAUUUCCGAAAAGUCUCCCUUAAUAAAAAAAAAUUCAAAAAAAAAAUUUUCCGACCUACCUACCCUAAUUUUUUUGAGCAUGUUACCGGAAACAAAGAAUUUUUUUUUUUAGGCCUAAUAUUUUAAGAGGGUAAUUGCCCUUGGAAUGUUUUAAUUUAAAAUCUUAGCACAUAACAGUGUCAUGUUUUAGAAAAGUCUUAAGAGCUAACAUGUCAUUGUACCGCAUAUUCAGUUAAAACUGAGAAAUGAGUUUGUUGAACAUUAUUCAUGUCUUGAUGGAUUAUAAUAUUUCCUGAAUUAAACAUUUUAAAUUAGAA